AUUUAAUCAUUUAGUAUUUCACAUUGUCCUUCCCAUUCUCUUCCACAUCACCAAAGCUCUUCAGACCUAGAAGGGAUCUCAAGAUGGCCGAAUUCAAACCCUACAGCGAGCAGCCUCACCUGCAUGCGAGAGCGCCUUACCGCGCUGCUAUGCUCACAUACCCCGGCAAUCUUCGCCAGGCCCUGAAAGACGCCAUGGCAGACCCAUCAAAGACACUAUUUGGCGUUGCUCACGGCAUCCCUAGCACAUUCGUGACCAAGCUUCUCGCAUCCACAAAACCAGACUUCAUCUGGAUCGACGUCGAGCACGGCAUGUUCAACAGGCUCGAGCUGCACGACGCCAUCCACGCGGCACAAGCCCACUCUGAGGGCCGCGCUCUGGUCAUCGUCCGUGUGCCCAAGAACGACGAGCUCUCUUUGAGCACCGCUCUCGACGCCGGCGCUUCAGGCAUCGUCAUCCCGCACGUGGAGUCUGCACAGGAAGUCAAAGACAUGAUCAAGGAGAUGUACUACCCACCCAUUGGCCAUCGCUCCUUCAGCCCAUGGACUUUUUGCCCUUCAGUCUCGGACGCCAGCCUCUAUCCGAAUGACAGCUACAACGUGGCAACGAGUAACAAUCACGUGUGCAUCAUCCCACAGAUCGAGUCCGUCAAGGGCGUUGAGAACGCCGAGGAAAUCGCUGCUGUGCCUGGUGUACACGCGCUAAUGUUCGGGCCUGGUGACUACAUGAUCGAUGCCGGUUUAGAUCUAUCGAGUGUGUUGGGCGGGGAGCCCAAUCCGGCUUUCGUGGAGGCAAUGGGCAAGUUCGGCGCGGCGGCGCACAAGAACGGGCUACCGAUUUUCGGUGGUGCAAUGAGUGUUGAUAUGGUGCCCAUGUUGAUACAGCAGGGAUUCCGAGCAAUUGCUGUGCAGUUCGAUGUCUGGGGCUUGUCAAAGUUGAUCCAUGGAUCCUUGACACAGGCCAGGGCUUCUGCAAAGCAGUUUGCUCCUCCUGAGGGGAACGCGGCGAGCAAUGGAGCUUAGAUGAAACUGAUCCGAAAACAGCGUUGACAGGAAUCGUCCCUACAACUCUGUAGGGACAGUCAAAUGGAAUAAUUUAGGAGAUGAUGCUGCAUCCACUCCUUUGACCAAUGUCUGAUUAAUGACAGCGAGUUUGAGAUAUUGUAUCAGCUGGGCGAACUCGCAUAGAGUGUCAAAAAGAUCGUCUGACAUACGAUCAGUUGGACUCACAAGUCACAGUCUUGAUUGAU